AUGCAUAUCGAUACAGACACUCGCUCUGACCCCUCAAACGCCCUCUCCGAGUCGCUGCAGAAUAGCAGUCAGCCCAGCGGUCUUGAGACCGUGUCGACGCCCGAAGCACAUCUCGAUGGCUCGCGGCAGGUGUUCGGUCUAAACAGAGUGGCCCAUUUACCCACCCCUUUAAGCCCGAACAACCUCGCCCCAUACAUGAACGGCAAUCAGCACUCCCCGACACACCAGCCGAUGCUGCCCUCCGCACUUUCGUCCUCGUCCGCUGGCCAGUUCUCGCGGCCACAUUUUGACCCGUCGUCCGCUUCACAAUCAGGCCAGAUGAUCACGCCCGACUCAAGAAUACGUUCAUCGUCCCCCAAAACUCCCCAACUGCCCCUCGGCAGCACCAACGGCAGCAGUGCCAUCAAGACGGAUCUAUCUAUAUCUCUCCAAGAACCGUUCUCUCAAAAUCGAGACCCCGUCUCGCCACCCCAUUCUCACUCCCGAUUGUCUUCUCCAUUCACUCCUCGACCAGCCCCCACGGAGAGCUCGACCAUCCAAGUCCCGAAUACUCCUCCAUUCCCGUCUCGAAUCACCGCAACCGAUCUUUCCGACCGCCCCCCAGGCGGUGAGAUCGACCGCAUCCGCGCUGAGCAUGCGCGCGCGCUUGCCGCCCAGAUGCGCGAGUCCGAAGCACGCCGUCCAGAGUACCUCCGCCGCGCUAGACGCACACUCCCGCCUGCGGACGCCGCUGCUGCCUCUUCUGCUGAUCCCGGGCUCGGGAUCACCGAGACGCCGGUGCGCGGGCGGCGCCUAGAGCUGUGGGGCAUCCACGAGACGAGCGAGGAGAGCUUCGAAGAGCGGCUGAUGGCGGGCGGGUACAGCGGAUACGGGAGCACAGGCAGUCCGUCGGCGGCUGCGAUGUCUGUCGAGCCGCCGCGAACGCCGCAGCGUGUGUCGGCGUCCCGCGCGCUCGAGUGGGCAAAUUUCGUCACGCCAGGCCCCCCGGGGUCUUCUUCUGCGAUCCCGGCCGAGGCCGAGGCUGCGGAAGGGGAUAGUAGCGACAAAGCGCUGCGGAAGCGGAGGCGGCUGGAGGCGUUCGAGCGGGAGGACGGCGCACGGAAGCGCACGCUGCAUCCUGUGGAGGUGGAGGGGAAGGGUCGCGUGCUGCUGGAUAUGACUGCAGAGGAGCUGCCGGAGCUGAUAGAGGACUUGGGCCACUCUCCGACGCGCAGACGAGGCGGGCGGAGGAAGCGGAGGGGCGCGCAGGCGGGAAGCGGAAAGAUGCGUGGGAAGGGGAGGUGGAAGGAAGAGGCACGAGAGACAGAGCGGGAUGCGCUCGCGCCAGAUUGGCCGGAUUCGGAGUUUCCGUGGUAUCUGCGGACGUUCGAGCGGCGGGAGCGGGAACAGCUAGAGCACGCGGAGCGGAUGAAGACGAUCGCGCGCUUCUUUGAGACGGGGAGUGACGAAGACGAGAGCGAGGAGGAAAAGGAGGAGGCGAUGGUUGUGGACGAAGGCGGGCGGAAGCUCGUGUUCAAUCCAUGCGACCCUGCCGAUGCCCGCGCGGUGCUUCUCUCGAAGAGGUGCGUGCGCGCUCUGGCGAGCGGCCGCCAACUGGGCAUGGACGUACACACUCCGGAAGAUGAGGUGGUCUGUGUCUGCCACGGUCGUGACGAUGGUCGCGAGCUGGUCCAGUGCGACGAGUGCAGGACGUGGUACCAUCUCGAAUGCAUCGGCGUCAAAGACAUCUCCGAGCUCGGCCAGGAAGAGGACCCGUGGUUCUGCCACCGAUGUGUGGCCGAGCGCCUUCGCGCCGACGACUAUGGCCCUGUCGACCCGACCAUGAUCCUGAUGACGACCGUCGAUCCGUCGGUGGCGGCGCGGAGGCACGCGUACGACCCGCUUUUUUACCAGGGCGCGCUGACAGACUCUCCCAUCGUUUCGUGGGCCCCAUCGCGCCCGCCUACCACGCCCACGAACAACCGCGACGGCACCGAGCUCUCUACGCGCUCCUCGUGGGGCGACAGCUCCCGCCACGGUCCGUCCACGCCGCGCACAUCGACGCACCGGGUCCAGAUUUACACGACCCCGGACGCGAUCGACCCGUUUCAGCCGCACGACUCGCCGUUUGACCCGACGUCGACGCCCUCGCGCGGGAUCCGCUUCGGCGCGCCGUUCGCGACGCCAAAAGGCGGCAGCGCGCUGUGGGCCGGGCGCAUACCCACCACCGGCCCGUUCUCGACGCCGUCGAAACCCCUCUUCCCGCGCCGUCUCCACGCGCCGUCGAGCGCCGCGAACGCUUUGUACGAUGACACGAGCAGCGGCUUCCAGCCGUCGUCGAGCCCGACGGCGGGCCUGCCCGCUUGGGACGACACGCCCGUCGACAGGACAGACCCGCGGCCGAUCGCUAUGCUGCCCCGCCGAUCCGCCGAGUCCCCGUUGAUGGGGCGGGGCAUCCCGAAGCGUCCCGAGCUGGAGGAUUCGCCGCUGUUGCUCGCGACGCAGCGGAGGUAG